UCCUCCGCUUUGAGCUGUUGCGACCCGUGGGUUCUCGGAGCCAAGACGAUUGAGAUCUUCCCAGGCUCGCGAGAGCGCCCCCUUCUUCCGCGGCUUCGGGAACUCAGCGGCCGCGAUGGCUCAGGUGUCCUGCUCGCGCAGCCCGGAGGCAGAUGCCUUGGGCUCCACGAGAAAGCGUCGCAGUUCGUCGAAGAGUCCAAAGCCCAGCAAAGCCGCCCGCUCCCCGCGGAGCCGCCGCUCGCGCUCGCGCUCUUGCCCUCGGUCCGGGGACCGGAAUGGCUUCGGGCAUCAGCUGGGGGGCCUCAGCCAAGGCUCCCGAAACUAUUCCUACCGCUCCCGCUCGCGGUCUUGUUCUCGAGAGCGCCCUUCUGGUCCCCGGGGCACCCCCUUCUCUUCAGCUUCCUCGUCCGCUUAUUAUGGCGGCUACUCGCGUCCCUACGGGGGCGAUAAGCCGUGGCCUAGCCUCCUGGACAAGGAGAGGGAGGAGAGCCUGCGGCAGAAGAGAUUAAGUGAAAGGGAGAGGAUUGGAGAAUUGGGAGCGCCUGAAGUAUGGGGACUUUCUCCAAAGAAUCCUGAACCAGACUCUGAUGAACAUACACCAGUGGAGGAUGAAGAGCCAAAGAAAAGCACUACAUCAGCUUCUACUUCAGAAGAAGAAAGAAAGAAGAAGUCUAGUCAUUCAAAAGAAAGGUCCAAGAAAAGAAGAAAGAAAAAAUCAUCCAAAAGAAAACACAGGAAGUAUUCUGAUGAUAGUGACAGUGACUCUGAUUCUGAAACAGACUCUAGUGACGAAGACACGAAAAGGAGAGCAAAGAAAGCCAAGAAAAAGGAAAAGAAGAAGAAACACAGAUCGAAGAAAUACAAGAAAAAGAAAUCUAAGAAGAAUAGAAAAGAAACCAGUGAUUCAAGCUCUAAAGAUUCCCAAGAAGAGUUUCUGGAGAAUCCCUGGAAGGAUCGAUCGAAACCUGAAGAACCCUCAGAUUUAAUUGGACCAGAGGCUCCAAAAACACUUGCCUCUCAAGAUGAUAAACCUUUGAACUAUGGCCAUGCUCUCUUACCCGGUGAAGGUGCAGCUAUGGCUGAAUAUGUAAAAGCUGGAAAACGUAUCCCACGAAGAGGUGAAAUUGGCUUGACAAGUGAAGAAAUUGCAUCAUUUGAAUGCUCAGGUUACGUAAUGAGUGGUAGCAGGCAUCGCCGAAUGGAGGCUGUGCGACUGCGAAAAGAGAACCAGAUAUAUAGUGCUGAUGAGAAGAGAGCCCUUGCAUCCUUUAACCAAGAAGAGAGACGUAAGAGAGAGAACAAGAUUCUGGCCAGUUUUCGAGAGAUGGUAUACAGAAAGACCAAAGCAAAGGAUGACAAAUAAGGAUUUUCUGGUUGUUCAGACAUUUUUAACAACUAAAAAGAAAGUUUGGGUUCCACGCACACAUACAAAAUGAUUAUUAUGAUCUAAAAAAGCUUUAUAGUGCUACUGUGCCUUCCAUUUAAUUCUUUCUGUCCUUCAAUAAAAAGCUGCUCAUUGAUACAACUUUAACAAGUUCUUUAGGUGUUUUGGGAUUGACCAUAAUAACUUUCUGGUUUAAAAAUCCAAAUUAUGAAUGACAUCCUCCUGAAUUGGGAGAGGUGUCAUGGAGAGAAAGUGUCAAUGAGAUGAGAAACUUAAAUCUCACACCAUGAGACAGUGCUAUGAUUAGCGCUACAUGAUGCCCCCCCCCCACCCACCGACACACAGUGGAACUUGUGGGAAAUAGGUAUUCCUCUGUUUUGCAUGUAUUAUAAAUGGACUUGAUAGAAACAUACAGGAAGCCACUUUUGCCAACCAAAUGAAAGCAUUACUAGAAAAGGCAAAUCUGGAAUUUGAAAAUUGACUUGUAUAGUACAGUAUAUAGUCUGCCCUAAAUAUGAUGUUUUUGGGGUUUAGUCCCUACCUCCACCCCAAAACCAAAAAUAAACCAAAAAGUGAAGUUGAAUUGAAUUGAAAAUGUGAACAUUUGUUUUUUAGAAUUCUUAAUAAGUCACUUAAAAAUAGUUCUUUCAAAUAUAAAAUCUUUGGAAGGCUACUGUUGUGCCGAUAUAAGUAGGUACUUUGAUGAUAGUACAACAUCUAAAAAGAAUGGGAGUCAACUAUGGUCAGGAGUUUGAUAGGGGAAAAUAUAAUGAAGCAGUAUUUUUACUCAGUUUCAUAAGGAUGAAGCUAAUGUGAUAUUAAACAUUUUUAAGUCCACCCUUUAUGUAAUAAGCAGAUUUCAUUUUAAAAAUUGUUAAGCCUUUCAGUUUAUUCUUUUACAUCUGUCAUUUAGUUUCAUCUUUAACAUUAUGUAGAAUCCCCUCACUUUAUCGGUUUUAUAUGGCUAUUAUUGACUUUUAAGUUUGGGAGAAGUGGAAGAUUGUGGGACUAUGAGAUCACAGUCUUUUUCCUUCCCUUAUUUUGUUCAAUUUUAGUUAGGUCAUGGAGUGAAGGGGGAGAGGCAAAUGGAAGUUUGGGCUAUUUUUGUUAAGGUUGUUUUGUGCAGCAUUAUUAUAUGCCUAGGAUAAACUUAAAUUACGUGGGUAGUGGGGAAGUUCUGACUAUGCCUCUCUCCUUGUAAUAGCUUAAAGUGUUUUCUUUUUCCAAAUUUUUUAAAUAAGGCAUUCAUGUUUCAAAGUACAGUUCAAAAGUUUUACUGUUUAACCUAUAUUCUAAGAAAUGUCUACCUUUAACCCACAUUUAGCAGCAUUUUUGACCCCUGAAUUCAAAGUGAUUUCCAUUAUCUAUACCUAACCAUAGUUGCUGCCUAGCCUAACAAAACUGUCGUUUCCAAAUAUGAAAGGAAACAAGGUCCGAAACUCAUGAGUCUUAAGUCAUCUACUUCCCUGUAUUACAAAAUCUAAAUUUUGUAAUCCCCAUUUAAAGAUUUUAUUCUCUAAGAACAUUUUUUUUGUUACUGGUUUCUAGAGACUGAAUAAGUGUGUUCUCUUAUUUUCAGUAUGCGAGGUAGUUUAAAUAAAACAAUUUUGGGUAUAUAUGAAUAUUGUGAAUUUUCAUUUGACUCUCCUGCCUCUUGCCUCCAGAGUAUAGAUGAUCAAUAAAUGCUUGUUGAGUAAAUGAAAGAAAAAAUAUUAAUUUAUUUCAGAACUUUACCAUUUAUUUCAUCAGGAUUUGUUAGGGAAAGAUCUACCAAAGGUCAGCUUCAGUAGCAUAUUCUUUGGGAAAGAGGAAGGAAGAAUAAAAGGGCUAAAGUAUUUUCUUUUCAGCUCAUGAGAAUUACUGCUUAAAACUGGUUAGUCACCUGAGCCAUAAGUCAAAUGGUAGGGCUAUUGUAUUUUAAAUAUAUUCUUUAUUCUCCAAGGAGACUUAACUAGUUUCCUACCACCUUGCCUCCAUAUGUGUUGCUUUGAUAGGAUUUCCUGUUUUCUAUUUAUUGGACAAAUGUAACACUUAAAAAAAGAAAGAAAGAAAAAUUACCCACAGUCCUACAAGCCUAAUACAUCAACUGCUUCCAGUGUGCUGUGUAUUCCUUUCCAGUACUUAUUUAUGUAAAUACGUAUUCAGACGUAUUUAUAAGUAAUCACUCAUAGUGUAAUAGUGUAAUGUAAUUUUGUCUUUGGUGUUUUAAAACUUUGCAGCUAGGCAAGACAGCCUCACAGGAGUGGUAGGAUUAAGUGAUGAUAUGGUAUGAGGAUGGGGAGAAGACAACAAAUAAGUAAGGUUGGUGACUGAACCCAUCCCUGUUUCAAUACACCCAAUCCUCAAGCCAUCCUGCUGCCAUCAUGGUUGUGAUGGUGUAUUGUGGAAGGUAGCAUGCCCAGUUUCAAAGUUUCAAAAUGUAUUAGCAGUGAGCCCUAACUCACAGUAAAUGAAUGGACCUAUGAGUAGGGGAACCUUUCUGACUAGUUAGUUACGUUAUAAGCUGUAGAACUGUUGCCAUUUUGCUUUUCUCAUUUGUGCCCGUAAAAAGAUGUAUCUGGCCUGGAGGCUUAGGGUCAGAUGAGGGAACAAGCAGCCAAGUGCCAAUUUUAGUUUGGGCUGACAGGUGGAUUUUAGCAACUCUCUAAACUGAGCUUCUGUACCUGUAACACUCUGAAUGAUACAAACAGUGAUGGGAAAAACCUUUUAGAAAAUAGAAAACAGCUUACUGGUUACUCUGCUAAUGUGAUGGAAGUUGCGGAAUGGAAAAUGAAUGAAUGCAAAAAGUUUAUACAGCUGGAUUGUGUGCCACAAAUUUAUUAUUCAAUAAAUAUUCUGUGGAUUGA